GGGGCAGCCGGUAACGCGGAGCCCAGCUUUCCUCUGAAGCCAGGCGAGGACGUCCUCUGAAACGGCAGGGACACGCGGGCCUGUGAGAAUAGCGCUGAUACCAGCCAUGCAAGGCUACAACCCAAAACCUGGGGAGGUACCGCCGAAAUUCCGGAAGAGCACCCAACCAUCAAAGCUGCUGGACCCGCCCCGCCAGCUAGAAAGCGCCCAACGCACAGGCGCUCCAGAGGGCGGGGAACAGACUGACGGAGCACAGAACCGGAAGUGUCUCACGCCGGAACUGCCUGGAGGUCCCGCCCCCAGAAGAAGCGUCGGUUGCUGGGCAACCGGUGCCGGCGCCGCCUGCUGGUUCUGGGCUCCUUGGAGCCAGCGGGCUGUGGCUCCCACCUACAGCUCUGACAGCCUCCAUUCCUCUCGGUCUCUUUGCGUGCCGCUUCUCCUCGCGUCACUAAACCCUUGCCCUUGGCACUACUUACAUCUCUACGCCUCCCGCGUUUUCUUAGUGCCCACCUGCAGCAGAGUCAAGCUCCAGCACAGGCGAGGCAGUCUGACCCCGGCCUGCCUGCCAAAGCAUAGCUCUCGAGUCAUGGCCACCUACACCUACACCAGCCGACCCCGGGCCCUGCCCUGCCAGCGCCGCCGUUAUCGGGACAGCCUGUUGCAGCCAGAGGAAGAACCUGUGCGUUAUGGAAACAUAAUGUAUGACAGACGAGUGAUCCGAGGCAACACAUAUGCGCUACAGACAGGGCUGCUGCCUGGGCAGCCUGAUCCUGUAGAGGUGCAGAGACAGCAGCAGGUUAAGAAGAGGACUCUUGCCAAAAAACGAGCUCAAGAGCAGCUCAGAUCGUGGACACCAGAACCCGUAGAAGGCAGGAAGCAUGUGGACGUGCAGACAGAAUUAUAUCUUGAAGAAAUUUCUGACCGUGUAAUAGAAGUUGAUAUGGAAUGCCAAACAGAUGCGUUUCUGGACAGACCACCAACACCACUUUUUAUUCCUGCCAAAACUAGCAAAGAUAUGGCCACUGAAAUACUAGAAGGAGAGCUCUUUGAUUUUGAUCUCGAAGUUAAACCAAUGCUAGAAGUUUUGGUGGGCAAGACAAUUGAGCAGUCCUUACUAGAAGUGAUGGAAGAAGAAGAGCUGGCCAACCUGCAGGCCAGUCAGUAUGCCUAUGAAGAAAUGCGCAAUGUUGAGUUGGCUGAAGUCCAGCGACUGGAAGAGCAAAAGAGACGACACCAAGAAGAAAAAGAGCGCCGUAAGCGGCAGCAGUGGGAAAUAGUACACAAGCAAACGGAGACAGCACAUAAGAUAGCUGCCUGUGCCUUUGCGCAGCGUUACCUGGCUGACCUUCUGCCAUCCGUCUUUAGCAGUCUCAGAGAUAGUGGCUACUUUUAUGAUCCCAUUAAAAGAGAUAUUGAGAUAGGAUUUCUUCCAUGGCUAAUGAAUGAAGUUGAAAAAACCAUAGAAUGCAGCAUGAUAGGAAGAACAGUGCUUGACAUGUUGAUUCGUGAGGUGGUUGAAAAGAGACUGAAUAGUUAUGAGCGUAAGGACAGACCUGCACCUUUCAAAUGGGAGGAUGGGCUUGAUAUUCCUGCAGCAAUGAGAGAUCCCACUGCAAACUAUGAAUUCCAAGAGCCAAGCACAUCGCAGGCACAGAGGCCGUUAUCAGACACAGACUACCUGCAAACUACGUCUGGUGACAAGGGGCCACCAACCCAACAAAGGAAGCUGAUAGAAGACGAAGAGCUCUUGGGGCAGGGUGAAGACUCAGAGAUGAGGAGGUCCUUUGAGAUGGAAGAACCCGGAGGAGAUUCAGACCUGUGAAACCGAUCCACAGCCAAGUCAACAACUCACAGUCAGGCACUGGUGCAGGAGGCCCCACAGGCUAUAGAAAUUGCUCUGUAUUUAGUCAUCUGACUACGGACUGAGCAAAUCAAAUGUGAUAAAAUAAUAAAAUUAAUAAAAAGGACACUUUAAUUCA